AUGUGUACACACGCGCUCAUAUCUGCAUGUGACGGGACUCAUACAACAAAAAAAAACUUCAUAAAAAACUUUGUUAGGUUUAUAGUGCCAGCAGAGCAGAUGCGGCGCUGGUUGGUGGCUUCAAUGGCGCCGCAGCUCCAUCAGUUAUUGCAACCCGUGCGGCGUUGCCAUCAUCCACUGCGCAUCCCAUCUGUGCAACUUGCAGCGCCGCGUUCUCAUACACAUGAGGACAUAGCAUACGCCUCUUGUCCAGCCUGUAGCCGCGUCGUUCAUAUGUGCGAUAUGCUCACACACCUUAUAACGGCCCACCGUGAGCUUGACCAAACGCAUUGCCGCAAAAUGUGCACAGAACGACUUGCCUUGUACGAGCGGGUAAUUGGCGUUCCUCUGAAGAAAUCCGAACUAACGUCAUCUGGGCGCCGCGUCCUGGAUUUUUUGCCAACUGUGUUGCCGACAGGUUACAUGUGUAAUUGGUGUGAUCGCCGCAGUGAUGUGUACGCAACGCGAGAUAAAUUUCUUAAACAUGUUGCCGACGUGCAUACCGAUAUUGAUUUAGAGGAGGUGGAGCCGCACGUCCCCUUGCCGCCACGUGGAGUAGUUGUGGAAAAAAGCAAUGGGGAUGGGGGACCGCAACCGACGCGGCGCCUGAAUGGUGUCGUAGCUGUGGCUGAGAAGAGUGAACCGAUUAAUGCAGUCCCCCGAAUUCUCGGCAUCUCCCUUCCUCGGGGUGUUGAUAGACCACUGAAAGCAACAGCGCAGUUCAGCGACACAGAGUUUCCGUGUGAGUUGUGUAACCGCACGUUCAACAGUGAAAUUGAUCUUUUGCAGCACCUUGAAACACGACACCCCGAUGGGACUGCAGAGGGGCCCGCAGGUGUUGACUCCGCCGCCAUCGCUGAUGUGGCGCAAUUUUCCGCAAAGGAAGCAACUACGGGUGGAGACCAGCGUGUGCACGUGAUUUGUGAUUUAUGCGUGUCAUCAUCGAAAGUUUACAAAAUGCCGUCUGCUUUGUUUUCGCACAUUCGCUUUAAACACCCCAACGAAGACGCCGCAUUUCAUGUUGAACGCCUCAUCCGCGAGCAGAAGACGGUCUCAUCAUUCGUUUGCACGGUUUGCCAGAAGGCUUUCGCUUCCGCUGCUGCAUUGGAUGGACACUUUAAUAGCAAGCAUGCGGAACAAGGAGAAGCACAAAAUGUGGUUGGGCGGGUGACGGCAAAUAAUUGUUGGUGGUGCCACGAUUGCGAAAAGGGUUUCUCUUCAGCAAAGGGGCUGCACGGGCACAUGCAAAAUAAGCACGGCUUAUCUUCACAAACUCAUCCAUGUCCUGCAUGUAAGCGUGUCUUCGCCGAUAUUUAUUCGCUCGAAGAGCACCUGAGUCUUCAACACAAGACAAUCCGACUAUCGGAUAUUGGACUACUGACGCAUGUAAAGUGCUCGACAUGUGAGCGCUUUUUUCUUAGUCACGAGGACCUGCACCGUCAUGCGGUAAAGCACCACAAAAAGGACCCCCGCGCUCCCGCCCAACCAUUUGAAGCCCCGACUUCGGCAUCUCAUGUCGCGGCCUCAACGAGUGCAGCAGUGCCUUCUGAGGUGGAGGCAACGGCAUCACCACAAGGCCCUCGUAAGGUCAAAAAAAGAAAGAAAACUACGGAGGUAAGUGAGGUGACGUCGUAA